CUUAGUAGUCUGAUCCACCAUCUUUAUAUCAAGGACCAACAAAAGGCCACAAAGGCCACAAAGUCUGUCUCUGAUUCACUUCUUUUGAACAUGGGACCGAGUGGCAAAUUCCCCCAAAAAGAUAUCAUCAGACAGUUUGUUCAGAUGUAUGCUGAGGAGACAGUGAAGCAUUUUCUCCUUCCAUGCUUCAACAUUCCAUCACCUUGGAAAAUGGAUGUUGGAGGAGUUUUCCAACAUGCUUUGUCCUCUGCAUCUUGCCCCUGUUUUCUACAUCCUUUGUCUGAAAUAGUACCCCAAGGUGCCUCAAGCUCUCCUCCACAAAUACUGCAGAGCACAUUACAAGAUCUUCCCACAGUUAUGGCAAGGAAUGUGAUGAACCUGCUAGCCCCGACUCUGCAAACAACAGGGGAAUUAGAGGAGCAGACAGACCAGCAGCCAACACCUGAUAGUGUGCGUCUUUUUAGCAGACCUUCUUCAGGUGAUCCAACACAGACUUCAAUGAGCCCGAUGGAUUCCACCUCCGAUGAUUUCACCAACUUGGUCUCUAUAUUAGUCGUUAGACUACUUUCCAAGUUGAAGGAUCAAGAGUCACUCACUGAUGAUAUGCUGGACAUAUCUAGAGUGCUAAUUGGCAGGAUAAUCACAGAAAUUGAUUCUGCCUUGGGCAUUGCAAAAAGUAAGAAAAAAUGUCCACAUGAUGUGAAAAUCCGGAAAGUGUUCAGAGCCAUUUACAAUGAUCUCCUGCACGAGUUUGGCGGCAAGGAGAUUCUCCUGAAGGCAAUAAUGUCAGAGGAUCCGUGCUUUGAGAAGUGUCUGGUCACAUCUCUAACACGUGAGUUCACUGAUACGCCAAACUCAAAGGAAGAGAAGAUCAAGAAGCGGACACUUCGGUUCCUACCAAAAAUCUCCAAAAUCAAGGCCUUUUUUGAUAUCAGUCUGAAGAAAUCAGGUAAUAGAAAGGCACAGUCCACCCACAUGGAUCAGAACUUGGAUCCAACCUCUGAUCAUGCUGAUCCAAUCCCCGACAUAAGAACACAGCAGCAGCAGCAACAACAGCAGCCCAGCCCUUUACUGCGAUUCUUCAGCUGA